AAGAGUAAGAAGAAGAAAGAGAGAGAAAGUUAUGAUGGAAAUGGUGAGCGCUAUGAAUGUAAAGGUGGACAAGUAACAAGUGGUUGAAGAUGAUUUUCAGUUGAGUUAACAGUUGAUCUCCUUGAGUUUCGUUUGUUAAAUAGUAAUCAAGUGAAUUUAAAAGUAAGUUUAUCAUCAAAAUGAAAGUGAAAGUGAAUUGUGAAUGAAUUUUAUAGUUGAUUUGAUAUAGGAUGGCCUUUAAUGUUGUUGUUAUUAUCACAAGAAAGGAUUAGUUGUUUGGUUUCAGUUCAAUCAUGCAAACUGAUUAUACUUGUUGGAAUCCAGGUGAUUCAUAUCAGUUGACCAGUUUAUCUGGAUCAUCUUCAUCUUCAUCACUCAAUUAUAAUCAAACAAAUUGUGAUCAACAACCAACUUCAACAGCAACAACAACUACAACAACAAUAAGCAAUACUUCAAUACCAAAUGAUUCAGUGUUUAAUAUGUUUGAUCCAACAGAUUCAGUUAACCAUUUAAAUAGUGAUUCUUAUCAUCAUUUAGAUUAUCAUCAUCAACCAAUUGAUUCUUAUAAUUAUUCUCAAUAUUACAUUAAUGAACAAUCAUCUUAUCACAUUAAUUGUGAUCAAUUGUCAAUUGAAAGUUCAAAUAAUAAAUGUUAUUCAUCUGAAUCAUCUUCACCUGAAUUGUGGGACAAUUAUGGAUUAACCGAUAGUAACAAUAAUAUCAAUCAAAGUGGACAAGUUUAUAACAAUUAUCAGUCAAAUGUAACAAGUUAUUGUGAUCAACAACAAAACUCAAAUCAAAAUGAUCUUAAUAUUGGAAAGACAUUUACCAAUGAUAAUAACAUUGGAAGUAUAAAGGCCAAUGUGAAAUUAACAAACAAAUCAACUUCAAGAUUGUCUCUUAAACAAUCAAACAAUCGAAAGGUUUUAUCUGUCAAUAAAAUAAAGAAUGAAAAUGUUUCCCAUUUCAAUUCAAAUCAGAUCCCUAAUCAUUAUCAUCUCCACCAUCAAACCCAUCAUCCACACCAUCGAUCAAUUGAAUAUCGAAAUGAAAAGUAUGGGAAUCCUGAAGAUGAAGAAAGACGAAGACGAAGACGAGAACGGAAUAAAGUGGCCGCAACCAAAUGUCGAAACAAGAAGAAGGUUCAUGUUUACAAGUUGUGUCAAGAAUCUGAAACAUUGCAAUUGACCAAUUCAAGUUUAAAGGAUGAAAUGUUGAUCCUGAAAAGGGAAGAGCAAAGACUAAAUGAAUUGCUGGUUAAACAUUUACCUUAUUGCAUGAGACGAACUCUUAAACCAAUUAGUGAUUCACUUAAUCUUUAGAUUGAUUAUAAUCUCAACACCAACACAAUCCUUUAUUCAAUCCUCCAUAUUGAUCAUCUAUUUAUUAUUUCAAUUGUCACACUUGUUUAACUUAAUCAACAACUUGGUUCAUUUGCGGGUCUCAAAUCUCAUCAAUUUAAAUAAAUCAUUUUCCUUCCUUCACCUUUUCAUCUUUUCAUGUAAAAUUAAAACUCAACCAUGUAAUGUCCAUAACUAAACCAUCAACCAACUUUCCAAUCAACCAAAAAAUGAUUUUCUUCUUCUUCUUGUACAGAAAACACUUUUUACUCUUGAUUUUUGUUCAUCUAUUAAUCAGUUGUUAAAUUAACAAAUGUUAAAUGCAAGUGCAAAUGUAAAUUCAAAUGUAAAGUCAUCACGGAAGAGACACAAAAUUAAAUUAAGUGAAUCCAGUUUAUGGUGUUCAUUACAAUUUCAUGCUCA